AUGAUGAGGAUACACAUACACCCAAUAUUUCUAUCCUUCGCACUGGUCACUUUGACCACUAUCCUCCCACCACCAGCAGCCACCUCGUUCUCUUGUCCUCCCCCGAGACCACCACCGCAGCCGCCGAACCUCACUCCCGAAGCCUUCCACCGCUGCCUCAACCGCCGGCCGGAAUCCUCCGCCGGAAUCUCCUUCUCCACCAUCUACGCCCCUACCAUCAACCGCACUUCCUUCUCCUCCCUCCUCAACUCCACCGCCCAGAACCUCCGCUGCCUUUCCCCUUCCAUCCCCAAACCCUUCCUCAUCUUCACCCCACUCCACGAGUCCCACGUGUCCCCCGCCGUCACCUGCGCACGUGACCUCCGCCUCGACCUCCGUGUUCGCAGCGGCGGCCACGACUACGAAUGCCUCUCCUACAUCUCCCUCCUAAGCCACCGCCCCCCGUUCGUCCUCCUCGACCUCCAGCACCUCCGCCAUGUCAGCGUCGACGUGGCCACACGGACCGCGUGGGUCCAAUCCGGCGCCACCGUAGGCGAACUCUACUACCACGUGGCGGAAGCUAGCCGCGGAACCCUCGCCUUCCCGGCUGGCCUCUACGGUAGCGUCGGGAUCGGCGGCCACAUCACGGUGUUUCUCGGGAAACGAGACGAGCUUCUCCGGGUUAUGAGGAGAAGUUUCCCCGAGCUAGGGCUCGACGAGUCGGAAUGCGCGGAGAUGACGUGGAUCGAGUCGGUGGUUUUCACCGGCGGGUACCCAAAUGGUACGAAGCCCGAGUAUUUGCUCACGGGGAAGCCCGCGUUUGUGAAUGCUUUCAAAGCGAAGUCUGAUUUUCCGAGGGGGAACGUACCCGUUGAGGGACUCGAGCAAUUGGUCGAUUUCCAUAGGCAGGGAUUCUCGUUGUUGACGAUAUGGAAUCCGUUUGGUGGGGUGAUGGCAAGUGCCGGGGAAGAGGAUACGCCGUACCCACACCGGAAGGUGCAGGGUAUGAUACAGUAUGUCGUCAGUUGGAGUGAUGCGGAGAGCCUGGAAACGGAGGCUAAGAACAUGGAGUUUAUGAGGAGGGUGUACGGGACUAUGGGCCGUUAUAUUCCGAGCGGAGGAAGGGCGAGAGAAGCUUAUGUUAACUAUAAGGAUCUCGAUAUUGGGCGGUCGAGUACUAAUUGCGACGACUCCAACUGCAGUUGCCCGUAUUUGUGGGGUCCGAAGUACUACUUGAGUAAUUUCGACAGGCUUAUUCGGGUGAAAGCCGAGGUUGAUCCGUGCAAUUUCUUCAGAUUCGAACAGAGCAUCCCGGUUUCCAUGUCUUCCGAGAGACAAUGCUUGAAGUUAAUCUAA